AUGGGCCAUGAGAACAUCUGUGGGAUGGAAAAUAGCUCUUUAAAUCAAGACCAUCCAAACAGAAUUCAAGAUACAUCAGGAGAAAAUGGAGAAAUUAAUAGUCAGAAGAAAGAUGGUCCACAGCUUUUGGUAUUUGAAAACAAUGUGCAAAAAUAUAACACUGCAGAAGUAAUAAAUUCAGAGUCCUCUGAUGCGACAAAUUCAGCACCAUUCCUUCUAAACUCUGUCAUGUGUUCUACUCAACAAUUAAAAGAAAUUGAUUGUAUAUUGGUGAUACCACAAGAAACCCAAAACCUAAGUGCCACAUCAAGAUUGCAGAUACUUGAUAACUCAACAUCUGUUGGUGAUAAUAUCUGUCAGCCAUCUACUGAUACUCAAAAUGUUUGCAUGAACAUGCUUUUGUCACAAAACUCAAAUAUGAACAAUGCUUCCUCAAUACAACCUAUUGUAGAGUUAGAAUCCACAUGUCGCUUUGUUAGUACUGAUCAGGAUAACAUGGCCCCACGUAAAAGAAUCUUACUUAAUGUUAAUUUAGAAUCUCCAGGGCAAUUUUCUCAUGUACCACAAAACAUGAUUAGUCAGAAUACUUCCCAGUAUUUGAAGAAUCAAGAUUAUGAAAGAGACCUAUAUUUCAAGAAAAAUAGGAAGAAAAAAGUUCAACUAUUAGAUCUGCUUGAACUGGGAAAAAUUAAGCCAGGAGAUGAUGUUUUAGAAUUCACACUACAGGAUUCCAAACAUAAAGCUAGCCUUCUUGGAAAUGGAAAAGUCCAAACAGGAAGCAAUUCAGUUUAUCAAAAUCCAGUUCAAUGGAUUAAGGCAAUAUUAGGAAAUGAUAUUUGUGUAAGCUGGAAAUAUGUAUAUAAUAAGGUCACAUACUGUGGAAGGCCAUUAUCAACAAUUGUUAAUGAAAUGAAUGAUCCUAAGGAACCAGAAGUAUUGUUGCAACAAAAAAAUCUGCUCGACUCUUCCUAUCAGACUAAUUCCUCAAAAACACCCUGCUUUCUACAAUUCAACAAAAUAAUGUUAAUAACAGACGAAGAAUUUUUGCCAUGGCAUGCAGGAGAACAGUACUGGGACUUUUAUGUCAAAUGUGAAAAUUUUGGAUUUUAA